GUCACCUGCCGAAACAACUUGUUGAUUCCCAGGAGCAUUGUUGGCUCCGACUGUGGCUCACCUGUCUCCAGAUUGCUGGGACGCUCGCCCCGCACUCCUCAGCCAUGAGCAAGUUGGGCAAGUUUUUCAAAGGGUCCCGUUCCUCUCGGACCCGCACGGCUCCCAGCGCCCAGGAGGCCCUGGCUCGCCUCCGGGAGACCGAGGAGAUGCUGGCCAAGAAGCAGGAGUACCUGGAGAACCGAAUCCAGAGGGAGCUCGCCUUAGCCAAGAAGCACGGCUCCCAGAACAAGCGAGCUGCCUUGCAGGCACUGAAGAGAAAGAAGAGGUUUGAGAAGCAGCUGACUCAGAUUGACGGCACCCUUUCCACCAUUGAGUUCCAGCGGGAAGCGCUAGAGAACUCACAUACCAACACGGAGGUCUUACGGAACAUGGGCUUUGCGGCCAAGGCCAUGAAAGCAGUUCAUGAAAACAUGGAUCUCAACAAAAUUGAUGACUUGAUGCAAGAUAUCACAGAGCAGCAGGACAUUGCCCAAGAAAUCUCUGAAGCAUUUUCUCAAAGGGUUCAGUUUGCUGACGGCUUCGAUGAGGAUGAGCUUCUGGCAGAACUUGAGGAAUUGGAGCAGGAAGAAUUGAAUAAGAAGAUGACAAGCCUGGAGCUUCCAAGUGUGCCGUCCCUGUCCCUCCCAGCACAGCCCAGUAGAAAGGCCGGCAUGUCCUCCUCCGUGCACCGGUCUCGAGCAGCAUCUUCCAGGAGGACAGAAGAAGAUGAUGACUUCAAGCAGCUGGCGGCUUGGGCCACAUAAGCUACAAUAUAAAAAAUCUGACACCUAAGUUAUUGAACUGCACAUAAGACAUAAAUGCUUUUGCAAAGAUCAGAAAUUAGCAGAAUCCUGUUUUAUAUGAAUUAUUGUCUUUUAAGUAACAGUUAAGGUACAGUCAGAAAUAGAAGGGGCCAGUAGCAUUAUAGGAGACCCUUCCAGAUUGAUGGAGUUGGGACUUGUCUUUCUGCUUUAUUUACUGCUGUGAUUCUAGCCCUGGUACAUAGUUGACUUUUUUUUGGUAUAUAUGCAUUGAAAGCAAACUGAAUUUUACUGACAUUUAAUACAUAUUCCAGUUUAUAAGCCAUCCCAAGGAAUACCUAGCAGAACUGAGGGGAAAAUGUCUAGGCAAAUACGAGGCAGCUGUGUGCAUCCAGGUCACCCGCAGUAAAAAUAAAUACACGGCUAGAACAGACUUGUUCUAGUGAGUCUAUAUAUACAUAGUUUCAGUUGAGUUUCACAGCUGAAAAUCUUCAGGGAGCUUUACUUUAAUUGACGUUUAUUAUGCCAAUUGAGCUUUGAGUGGAUGAAUCCCCCCAAAUACCUGAAAGCAGUAACAGCUAAGUGUGCUGAGUAGGACUCUCCAGGGUGUGAUCAGCCGCUCAGGAAGCUAAGGGAACCACUUGCAGGCUGUUCCCAACACUGUUCAUUGUCUUCUGUUUUGUGUUCUUUUGUAAUUUAACAGAAACAAAGCAAAACAAAAUCCAAAUACUUUACAGCAUGCACUUUGUAAAUAUAUUAAAGUCAUGGCAAUUAAAAUACAUAUCUUGAGUAAAA